GGGCGGUCAGCUUUACGGUAGUGCCGCUGCUGGGGGAGGGAGGAGUGGAGGAGGAGGCCGCCGUUAGUUGUGGUUAUUGCCGGAGUUUGACGUAUUCUUCCCGGAUCUUUCGAGCCUCAGAGGUUGGGAGUUUGCUCAUUUACAAAAUUGAAGUGGACUAGACGAAUAUUACAUAUGAAUCGGAUGACCAUUUGUCCUAAUGUGGUGUUUCCAAAUAUUACCAAAGUUCCUAUGGGUUCAAAAAGAAAAAGGGCAACUUCUCCUUCAAGUAGCAUCAGUGGUGGAGACUGUGAUGAUGGACAUCCUGUUUCGGGAAGUAAUGCGGGAUCAAGCAGAAAAAGAAGAAAAGCCUCCAAUGUCCCAACUGUAGAUCCAAUUGCAGUUUGCCAUGAACUGUACAAUACCAUUAGAGAUUACAAAGAUGAUCAUGGAAGACUUCUAUGUGAGCUCUUCAUCAGAGCACCAAAACGAAGGAACCAACCAGAUUAUUAUGAUGUGGUCUCCCACCCCAUCGAUCUUUUGAAGAUACAGCAGAAAUUAAAGAUGGAGGAAUAUGAUGAUGUCGAUCAGUUAACUUCUGAUUUUCAGCUCAUGAUCAAUAAUGCAAAAGCUUACUAUAAGGAAGAUUCAGCUGAGUGCAAAGCAGCAAGUAAAUUGUGGGAUUUGUAUACAAGAACAAGAAACGAGUUUGUUCAAAGAGGAGAUUAUGAACAUGAGGAGGAAGAGGAUGACUAUGAUGGCCAGGAUAAUGCUGGUACAACUGGUGAAGAGGAUGGUGCAGCACAUUAUAAUAUUCUAAAGGAACAGCUGGAACACCUGUUUGAAGCUGUAGCCACUUACGUUGACCCAUCAGGUCAUCUCGUCAGUGAGCUUUUUCAGAAGUUGCCUUCUAGAGUGCAAUAUCCUGACUACUAUGAAAUUAUUAAGGAGCCAAUAGACCUGAAGAUGAUUGCACAGAGGAUUCAGAAUGCUGCUUACAAGAGUGUUAAUGUGAUGGCUAGAGAUAUUGAGCUUUUAGUAAGAAAUGCUAAAACCUACAAUGAGCCAGGGUCACCUAUCUUCAAGGAUGCAAAUACCAUUAAGAAAAUAUUUAAUCAGAAGAGAGCUGAACUUGAGCAUAAUUUAGAGCCUACCAAAUCCAGUCUCCGAAUCAGGAACCGAAGGUCAGCGCAAGGAGAUCGUUUGUCAGCAAUUACUAUGGCUUUGCAAUAUGGAUCAGAGAGUGAAGAGGAAGGUGGUUUAGGUGGGGUCACUCAUUACGAAGAUGGUGACUCUGACGGAGAAAGUAUUGGUUCAUCUGUCGAUGUUACUAGUCCAAUUUAUCAGCUAUUUGAAGCAGUUAGGAAUCAUCGGAACAGUCAGGGACAACUUCUGGCUGAGCCUUUCUUUCGUCUGCCUUCCAAGAAAGAUUAUCCUGAUUAUUACCAACAAAUCAAACACCCCUUGUCACUACAAAUAAUAAGGCAAAAAUUGAAGAACAAUGAAUUCGAGAACCUGGACCAACUGGAGGCUGACAUGAAUCUAAUGUUUGAAAAUGCCAAGCGCUAUAACAUUCCUAAUUCUGCAAUCUUCAAACGUGUGCUGAAGCUGCAGCAAGUCAUGCAGGCAAAGAGGAAGGAGCUGGCUAGAAGAGAGUACACAGACGAUGGUGACAGUAUGGUAUCCUCCGUAACAUCUGAUACAGGCAGUGGCAAGAGAAAAAGAUUUUUAAAUUCCAGCAAUAAGAAGCUAGAAAAGAUGGGAAAGAAAACUGAAACUCAUUUAAAGCACAGACUGAAAGUACUAUACAAUACAAUUGUCGAGUCUCGUGAUCCAACAACAGGACGAAGAUAUUGUGAGCUAUUUUUGGUUAAACCAUCAAAAAAGGAUUAUCCAGAUUACUAUAAAGUCAUCUUGGAGCCUAUUGACCUGAAGAUACUGGAACAUAACAUACGUAGUGAAAAAUAUGCAAGCGAGGAAGCAUUUGUAGAUGACUUGAAGUUAAUGUUUCGAAAUGCAAGGCACUACAAUGAAGAGGGUUCGCAGGUAUACAAUGAUGCCAAUAUGCUGGAGAAAAUUCUAAAAGAUAAAAGAAAAGAAUUAGGCCCUUUACCUGAUGAUGAAACAGCUUCACCUAAACUGAAACUAAGCAGGAAGAGUGGUAUUUCCCCCAAAAAAUCUAAAUACUUGACCCCACUGCAGCAAAAAUUAAAUGAGUUAUACGAAGCAGUCAAAAACUACACAGACGCCAGGGGUCGAAGACUGAGUGCCAUCUUUCUCAGACUACCUACUCGAUCAGAACUCCCGGAUUACUAUUUAACAAUUAAAAAACCAAUUGACAUGGAAAAAGUGAAAAGUCACAUGAUGGCUAAUAAGUACCAGGAUGUUGACUCAUUUGUUGAUGAAUUUGUGUUGAUGUUUAACAACGCUUGCACUUACAAUGAACCAGAAUCCCUUAUUUAUAAAGAUGCACUAGUCCUUCACAAAGUUCUUCUAGAAACCAAAAAGGAAUUGGAUGGAGAAGAUGAUGCGCACAUUCCCAAUGUAAAGUUACUUAUACAGGAGUUGAUACACAACCUGUUUGUCUCUGUCCUUAGCCACCAGGAUGAUGAAGGUCGUUGUUAUAGUGACUCUUUAGCAGAGAUUCCAUCCACUGAUCCAAGCACCCCUAACAAACCACCUUUGACUUUUGAAAUUAUUAGAAAAAAUAUUGAAACUAACCGAUAUAGAAGACUUGAUGUUUUCCAGGAACACAUGUUUGAAGUCCUAGAAAGAGCAAGACGGUUAAACAGAACUGAUUCAGAAAUCUAUGAGGAUGCAGUGGAACUUCAGCAUUUUUUCAUUAAGAUACGCGAUGAACUGUGCAAAAAUGGAGAGAUUCUGCUUUCACCAGCUCUCAGCUACACUCUGAAACAUUUGCAGCAUGAUUUGGAAAAAGAAAAGAAGGAGAAGCUGCCAAAAGAAAUAGAGGAAGAUAAGCAGAAGAGAGAGGAGGAAAAGAAAGAGUUAUCAGAAUCUGAGAAAAACAUGAGUGAUGAUCACUCAGGAAGCCAUGGAACAUAUGGAAUCCAGCGUACUUACAGCCAGGAUUGCAGCUUUAAAGACAACAUGUACCAUGUUGGAGAUUACGUUUAUGUUGAGCCAGCUGAGCCAAACCUACUGCCUCACAUUGUCUGCAUUGAGAGACUCUGGGAAGAUGACACUGGUGAGAAAUGGCUGUAUGGUUGCUGGUUUUAUCGGCCAAACGAAACUUUCCACCUGGCUACACGAAAGUUUCUUGAAAAGGAAGUUUUCAAAAGUGAUUACUAUAAUAAGAUUCUAGUCAGCAAAAUUCUAGGCAAAUGUGUAGUGAUGUUUGUAAAGGAAUACUUCAAAAUUCGCCCUGAAGGUUUCAGAGAUGAAGAUGUAUUUGUCUGUGAAUCUCGAUAUUCAGCAAAGACCAAAUCUUUCAAAAAGAUUAAAUUGUGGACUAUGCCUCUAAGUGCAGUGAAAUUUGUUCCAAGAAACACACCAUUGCCAGUUGUCCGUGUUGCUUCUGUAUUUGCUAAUUCAGACAAGACAGAAAACAAAGAACCCGUUGAACCAAUGACUGAAGAAACCAAAGGUGACGAGAGUAACAGCGUAAUUGAUAAGGAUCGAGAAGAUGUACCAGUGGAAAUUUCAAAUGGAGAACCAGGCUGCCAGUAUUAUGAACAGCUGCAUUAUAAUGAUUUGUGGCUCAAAAUUGGAGAUUGUGUUUUCAUAAAAUCUCAUGGUUUAGUCCAACCACGUGUGGGCAGGAUUGAGAAAAUGUGGGUGCGGGGUGGUGCUGCAUAUUUCUUUGGCCCCAUAUUCAUUCAUCCUGAGGAGACUGAACAUGAACCCACCAAAAUGUUUUACAAGAAAGAGGUGUUUCUUAGCAAUGUGGAAGAAACCUGCACCAUGACUUGUGUGAUUGGCAAGUGCAGUGUGUUAUCAUUUAAAGACUACCUCUCCUGUCGACCAACGGAAGUGAAUGAAAAUGAAGUCUACAUUUGCGAGAGUCGUUACAAUGAGACUGACAAGCAAAUGAAAAGAUUUAAAGGCCUAAAGCGAUUUUCCUUAUCUGCUAAAAUAUUGGAUGAUGAAGUAUACUACUUCAGGAAACCUAUUGUUCCCCACAAGGAACCAUCUCCUCUUUUAGAUAAGAAAAUACAGGAGCUAGAGAUGAAGUUUGCAGAAUUUGAGGAGCCUGAUGAAGAUCACGAAGAAUGUAUUGAAGAGGAAGCUGAAACUGCUGAACAGCCUUCUGUGCCUCAGCUGCAAACCCCUGUUCCCAAUGAAAUGGAAAUAGCUCCUUACACACCUCCACAGUCAACCCCUAAAUCCAUUAAGGGCACUAAACAGAAGGAGGGAAAGAGGAAGACCAACCCAAGUGGUUACAUCUUGUUUAGCAGUGAAAUGAGAGCUGUUAUCAAAGCCAAGCAUCCUGACUUCUCUUUUGGAGAGCUGAGUAGGCUUGUGGGUACAGAAUGGAGAAACCUUGAGGCUGUCAAAAAAGCAGAGUAUGAAGAGCGGGCAGCAAAGCAGGCUGAGCAGCAGGAGAGAGAGCGUGCAGCUCAGCAGCAGCAGUGUGCCUCCCCACGGGCUGGUACACCUGUAGGUGCCAUCAUGGGGGUAGUACCACCUCCUACACCAAUGGGAAUUCUCCAUCAGCAGAUGACCCCUGUCACAGGCAUGAUAGGUGGCUACCCACAAGGCAUGCCUCCAUUACAAGGCCCUGUUGAUGGCAUGGCCAGCUUGGGCAGCAUGCAGCCACUUCACCCUGGGGUGCCUCCACCACCCCACCUUCCCCCAGGCAUUCAACCGCUGGGUGUUAUAGGUCAGAGUGUGACCACCAUGGUGGGAGGCUCUCCAACUGUGACCACCACAGGGACCCCAUAUGGUCAACAGAUUGGUAUUCAUCCUAAUCUUGGACCUCAGGGUCAGCAGGCUCCACCUCCAUAUCCUACACAAGUUGCAGCUCAACAAGCUAUCCAGCAGCAGCCAUCAACACCAAUGUUUGUCGCUCCUCCACCAAAGACCCAGCGGCUACUGCACUCUGAAGCUUACCUGCGAUAUAUUGAGGGGCUCCGUGCUGACUCGAACACUGUCAGCAAGUGGGACCAGUCACUUUCUGCAAGAAGGCAAGAUGUCCACCUUACAAAAGAACAAGAGAGCAGAUUGCCUUCUCACUGGUUAAAGAGUAAAGGUGCUCACACAACCAUGGUCGAUGCACUGUGGCGUCUACGUGACAUCAUGCUGCGAGACACUCUAAAUAUUCGGCAUGCAUACAGUCUGGAAUAAUACCUGAAUUCCUGUUACAUUACCGCCAUUUAUUACGAUGCAAGAGUUCUGUGGAAAGUGUGGCUGUGAAAAGUGUGUUUUAGUACCUAUGGGAAAAUGUUAGUACAAUUUAUUUUACUGCAUUUCUUGUAUGGUCAAAUUGUAUUUGUUUUUAUAAAGACUUUUUAAAUAAACUGUCACUGGAUAUUUCAAUUUACUAUUGUUAGACUCCGCUAUAGUCUUAUGAAAAACCCUAUUAUAUUUUUGCACUGAUUCUAUCCCUUGUGUAGAAUUCAGUUUCAUUUUUUCACUGGUACUUUGGGGGCUGAGUAUGCUUGCUCAGUACAUUUGUGUUGUAAUGAGACUAAUUUGAACAUUUUUCAUUAAUAAAAGGAAAAGUACA